AUGCCGCCCAAGGCGCCCGCUAUCGGGAGCCUGCGCACCGAGAGAGGGCUUGCGGAGCUCAACGAGCUACUUUCCUCUAGGUCCUAUGUCGGUGGCACCUACAAUGCCACAGCUGAGGACAUGACGCUUUUUGCCCAAGUUCACUCUCGGCCAGACCCACAGCAGUACCCACACCUGCUGAGAUGGUACAACCACAUCAGCGGUCUGCGAGCCCGCUAUGCUCCGUACCACCUCUGGCCAGGGCAAGCUCCCCCGGCCUCGCAGGCCUCGCAGGCCUCGAAGGCCUCGAAGCCCUCGCAGGCUGGUGAAGGAGCAGCAGCACAGGAGUCAAAGAAGGGGCCACGAGCACCUGGCAAAGAGAAGCAAGUUCUGCCGUUUGACUGCAAGGUCGAGCCGGUCGAGAAUCGACGUCAGGUGUGUGGAGAUGACUCAGUGAAGCGAGGGACAGGCGGCACCUGCUUUCCUGGUGCUGAAAAGGGGUCCCAUGGGCGGUACUACAUUACCACCGCCAUCAACUAUUGCAACGGCUGGCCUCACAUAGGCCAUGCCUAUGAGGCGCUCACCUCGGACGUUUUUGCGAGGUACCACAGACUGCUCGGGCAGGAUGUGUUCUUCAUGACUGGUGCUGAUGAGCAUGGGCAGAAGAUUGCACAAGCCGCCGAGAGUGAGGGCCUUCAGCCCCAAGAGAUCUGCGAUCGCUACUGCCUUGGUUUCAGGGCGCUCAACCAACGUUUAAACGUGUCGAAUGAUUUCUACGUUCGCACGACCGCAGAGCGCCAUAAGGCGGUUGCGAGAUCAGUCUGGGAUACUUGUAAGAAGAAGGGGGACAUUUACCUCGACCGCUACGAGGGCUGGUACAUGGUCCGGGAGGAGCGGUUCAUCACCGACCAGGAAGCGCAAGAGUUCAACUUCAAGGACCCGACCUCUGGAGCUCCACUGAAGAAGAUGUCUGAGCCAAGCUUCUUCUUCCGCUUGUCCAAGUACCAGAAGGCGGUCAUCAGCCUGAUCGAGGAGAAGCCGGAGUUCAUUCAGCCGGCCCAGUACAGAGGUGAGAUCCUUGAGCGGCUGAAAUCGAUCGAGCUCCGGGACCUCUCCAUCAGCCGCGGAACUUUCGACUGGGGUGUCAGCUGUCCAGAAGACCUUGUUGAUGGCAAGAGACACGUCAUGUACGUGUGGUUCGAUGCCCUCAUCAACUACCUGAGUGGUAUAGAUGGAAUCGAUCCUAAGAAGCCGCUCAGUAGAUUCUGGCCUGCCAACAUGCACAUCGUCGGCAAGGAUAUCCACUGGUUCCACACAGUUAUCUGGCCUGCGAUGCUGAUAAGUGCAGGAAUUCGACUGCCUCAAAGCGUGGUUGUGCACGGCUUCAUUGCUGGUGCCGACGGACGGAAGAUGUCCAAAAGUCUGGGCAACGUUGUGGACCCACAUGACAUGCUAGAUAAGUUUCCCUGCGACACCUUGCGAUGGUAUUUCUGCCGCGAGGCUGCUUUUGGGGAUGAUGUCAGGUUCAGUGAGGACUCCCUUCGCUUGAUGCACAAUGCUGAGCUCUGCGACAACUUGGGAAACCUGGUAAACCGCGCGGUGAACCUCAGCGGCGGCUCCGUGCCCCGCUGCGACGUCGAGGUGUCCCUUCCCUUCGAUCUCAAGGAGCUCAAGGCGUCGGUCUCCGAGGCUUUCGAGGCCUACCGCCUCUCCGAUGCGGCAGACCUCACCGUCCGAGCGGCAGGGGCAACGAACAAGUGGAUCGCUGACCUGGAGCCCUGGAAGAUGAAGGCGGCAGAGCAGCAAGCCCUUCGCAGCGCCUGCCUCCGCAAGCUGCUGGAGGCGGUCUACGCUUUGGCGCACUUCUUUGCGCCAUUCAUCCCUAUCGCCGCAGAGGCCAUCUUCGCAAAAGUGGGCCAGCCGCCGAGGCCCAUCCCCGAGUUGCGUGACGACUUCACAAACUUGGAGGAUGGCAAGGAGGUCAAGGCAACGUCUUUGCUUUUCAGCCAGCUGGAGGUGAAGAAGGUGGACGUGGACACUGCCACCGAGAAGAAGGCCGAGGCAAAAGCCAAGGCCGAGUCCAAGAAGAAGUGA